UCACAUGACUAGAAAUUGAUUGAUGUAUCAGCUGUCCCUUAAUUUAUUACUACUGCCGGGAGAUUUCUUGCCAUUCGUUCAAAAUGUCUAAAAGUAGACCCAAAGCUAGCAAGGAACUCAAAGUAAUCGAAGGAAAGGACGAGAAAAAUGUUUAUGAUUAUGUUUCUCUCAAAGAACUUCCAAACUUUGCUGAGUUAAACCAACAAGUAACCAAGCUUGUAGACAGCAGUAGUUGGUGGGACCGGCAUGGAGUGGACUGGAUGAUUCUAUUUCUCAGUUUUGGACUUGUGUUUGUUGCUCUUUUCUUAAUGAAAUCAAGCAAUAUACAAACCGUUGCGUUGGGAGUAUUUGUCCUUGGAUGCUGUCAUUCAACUAUAGCUAUUAAAACUGCACAUUUAGUUCAACACGGUGCACUUUGUAGUAGUAAAGCGCUAGGCACAUUUAUGGUCUAUUUCGUUUCUGAUCUUUGUGGGUCAUUUUCUGGAGAUCUGGGAUAUGAUAUCCAUAUUAAGGUUCAUCAUCCACACACAAACAUCAUUGGAUUAGGAGAUUCUAGCACAUGGAAAGUACCAUUUGUACCAAGCUACUUAUAUAUGUUUGUAGUACCUUUGUUUUUACCUGUUGUAACUAUACCUAUUGUACUAAAAGACAUAUGGGGAAAAUGGAAAAGUCUACUGACAUAUUUAAUACUGAUGCCUCUCGGACUAACAAUUAAUUUGUACCUUUUAAUGAAUAUAUCUGGAUUCUCAUUCUGGGGAGCAGUUUUGUGCACUCUUACCUACAGGGCAGUUCUUGCCAUACCUUAUAUUCAUGUCAACAUUUUCCAGCACAUUGGAUUAGCAAUGUACUCGCCCAAAAGUCGUCCAAAGCGGAUUUAUCAGAUGUCUACUGGUGUACUCAACCUUCCACGGAAUCCUUUCUUAGAUUAUACCUUUGGACACGCAAUAGUAAGUUGCCAUAUAGAACACCACCUCUUCCCUAAGUUAUCGGACAACAUGUGCCUAAAGAUCAAGCCACUGGUGACUAAAUUCAUCAAAGAGAAUGGUCUUCCAUACUAUGAAGAUACUUACAUGAACAGAAUGUGGAUGUUCAUAGAACAAUACAAUGAACUAAUGGUCAAUGCCCCACCCAUCAGUCAUUUUGUAGGGAUUCAAUGAUCAAAAGUUAUUUAUUUACAGAAAUUAUAUUGUAUUAUUGAUGUUGAGUUUUGUAUUAAGUGCUGUUUUUGUUAUUUUUCUAUGUUUUAAAACUGUUUACCAUGACAUUAUACACAGAUGUAUAAAGUUUUGUGAUUUUUUUUUACUUUUAAGGCCAGUCUAUAAAAUAUCAAGCAGACAAAAAACUACUAUGACAGCAUUAUGUUUUAAAACAGAAAAACAGAGCAUACAUGAGAUGGGCAAUAAUUACAGCAUUGACAUGUCAGAUUAGAAAUGGUACAUGUGCUUCAAAUCCAUCUAGUCUUAUUCAUAGUUCAUUUGUUUGAUUAUGAUGAUACUAAAACCCACAAUUUGAAUUAGGGAAGCUCAUUCCAAGUCAGGAGUAUGACAGUUGUUGUCCAUGUUUUUGAUGUGUUUUUGUAAAUUUGAUUUUGCCAUGUGAUUAAGAAAUUUCCAAAUUGAUUUUCAUCUGAGUUCAGUAUUUUUGUGAUUUUACUUUUUUUGAGUAAAGACCUAUUCAUGAAAAGAUGGGGUCACUGAAUUGAAAGUGUCUUAAGAUUGUGAUAUUUGAAGGAACUGAUGCAUUAUGUUCUUGCACUAACAAUUAAGAAAAAAGUCAUACAAGUACUUAAAAUUAAAGGAGUAUUUUUUUCUAACAACCCACUGUAUCAUUUCCUUAAACUUCUUUUACACACAUUUCAGGUUUAGCUUUAUUUGUAUUACAAUAGGUUUGGUAGAGCUGCUUAUACCUUGCCAGAUGAAUUGUUUUCCUGAAUCAAUACAAUACUUACUUUUUGUACAUAUAAUAUUUGUUCACAUUUAUCUUCUUGCAUACGGGUAGCUGUAAAGUCAUGAAAGUCAUGUACAUGAUAUAGUAACAUUUAAAAUCAAUAACAGGUAAAAUAUCUUAUUUUCAUGUCUCUUUUGAAUAAAAUUGCCAACUAUAAAAAAAAAAAAAAAAAACAUUUUUGAUGUCAAUGGCAUUAGUAUGUAAAUACAUGGAGCUUGAAACUAUAUGCAAUUAAUGUAUUCAAAGUUUGUUUUUGCUCUUUUAUCAAAUCUGUGUUGUCAUUCAUUUUACUUAUUUCAUAUAUUUUAUGGUUAUGAACAAGCUGUCCAUAUUUAUAUUUAUAUUAAUGAAUACUGUUGUUCACUAACAGAUUCCAAAUAAAGAUUUUGAAUUAAAAGCAUAUAAUAGUGAAAUUUACUGAUUACUUAUAUCCAAAGAAAGAUUAAUACAAUAGAAUACAUGUACACACUCAUCGUUGUAUAUUUUAUAAAUCUUAUGUCAUAAAUGUAUUUUAAGAAAGGAAUUCCAUUCUUUAACUAAAAUUACCUUGUAUUUAUAAGUAUUUAGCUGGACCAGGAUAAACUGGUUAACUCAAUGAAAUGUAACCCACUAGAUAUCUAUAAUUUUCUAUUAUUUUUAUUGUUGUUUGAUUGUUUGAUAAUCAGUUGUUCAUGUUUUGAUAUUUUGUUAUUAAAGGUUGUAAUUUUUUAAUGAAUAAAACCAUAGAAAUUUGA